AUGAGUGGCAAUGCAGGAGAACCAAUGCACCAGCUACCGCCCGCCCGGCUUGUUCGAACGUCGCACACGGAGGAUGGCAAGUCCAUCAUUUCUUCGGACUCCGACAUGCCAUCAUUCAGUCCUUUUGGACCUCAGGGCAGCUCAUUCGCCGUAUUCGACGUCCGUAAUAGUAUCCCCGUCACCAACACCGACCCCAUCUCGUCAUUUAGCAACACGCUCCCCCGGUGCUCGCAAGGUGGUUCCGUCUUUUGCAUCACCGAUAUCAAGCCAGGUGGCCGUGCGCCCAUGCACCGCACGCAGAGCAUUGACUACUGCAUCGUUCUGUCGGGCGAGAUAGUCAUUCAACUGGACGGUGGGGAGCAGAGAACGGUUCGGUCUGGGGAGUUUAUCGUGCAGCAGGGCGUGAACCACCAGUGGAUCAACGAGGCGCAAGAAACAUGUCGGAUCGCUUUCGUCAUGUUGGGUGCACAGGAGAUUGUCCUCUCUGAUGGGUUGGCUCUCGAGGAGGCGGUUUUCCAGGGCCAGAAAUGA